UUUUUUUUUUCUUUAUUUAUUUUUAUCAAGAUGGUAAAGUAAGGCAUGCCAUGAAAGUGUGAUUGAUUCUCUCUUUUUGUUUAUUUAUUUAGGCAGAGAUGAGAGAAUAUUUAUACAAAAUACUUGUUGUGGGUGAUUUAGGAACAGGAAAGACGUCGAUUAUACGUCGUUAUGUUCAUAAUAUAUUUUCAAGCAACUAUAAGUCUACUAUUGGUGUAGACUUUGCUCUGAAAGUGAUUCAAUGGGAAAAUGAUUUGAUUGUUCGACUUCAGUUAUGGGAUAUUGCUGGACAAGAAAGAUUUGGUAAUAUGACUCGCGUGUAUUAUAAAGAAGCCCUUGGUGCUAUUGUAGUGUAUGAUAUCAGUCGACCACAGACAUUUGAGGGUGUUACGAAAUGGAAAAAUGAUAUUGAUACCAAAGUGGCAUUACCAGAUGCUUGGGGAGGAGGACAAAUUCCUGUUAUUUUGAUGGCCAAUAAGGCUGAUUUGAUUCAAGAAGGACAUGGACAACAUGCCAAUCCAACUGAACUAGACCAAUUCUGUCAAGAUCAUGGCUUUAUUCAAUGGUUCGAAACGUCUGCUAAAGAUAACAGUCAAAUUGAAGAAGCUGCUCGCUAUUUAGUUUCAGCCAUUUUAAAGCUUGAAGAAGAACAUGCUGAAAGUAUUGUUCAUGAACAAAACACAGUUCGUUUAGAACAACAACAACAACAACAACAAAAUAAUGGGUGUUGUUAAAUAAAAUUUAUUGGCUUUCUUCUUCUUGUUGCAUUCUUCUGG